AUGAUGAACUUGUGGGGUCAGCACUGUUUUGAUGCUGCGUUGUUGAGGUUUAGGGAACCACCUGCCAAGGGCUUAAUGCCAAUGGUCUAUGGAUUCUAUGAUGAAUGCCAAAGGAAAUAUGGAAAUGCUAAUGCUUGGCGAUAUUGCACAGAUGUUUUUGACUAUCUAACUCUGUCAGCAAUUAUAGAUGGAACAGUACUAUGUGUCCAUGGUGGCCUUUCUCCUGACAUUAGAACUAUUGACCAGAUUAGGGUCAUUGAGCGAAAUUGUGAAAUUCCCCAUGAAGGGCCUUUCUGCGAUCUCAUGUGGAGUGACCCUGAAGAUAUUGAAACAUGGGCAGUCAGUCCUCGAGGAGCAGGCUGGCUUUUUGGAUCAAGGGUCACUUCUGAGUUUAAUCAUAUCAACAAACUGGAUCUGGUUUGCCGGGCCCACCAACUUGUUCAGGAAGGUUUGAAAUACAUGUUCCAAGAUAAAGGACUUGUAACUGUGUGGUCUGCGCCAAAUUAUUGUUACCGUUGUGGAAAUGUGGCUUCAAUAUUGAGCUUCAAUGAGAAUAUGGUACCAGCACCAGAUAUUAAUGCUUUAUUUAUUUCAUUCUUCGCAAGCAGGGUACAGCAUGAUAUGGGACCAUUGUACCUCAUACAGGAGAGAGAGGUCAAGUUCUUCACUGAAACAGAGGAAAAUAACCAGAUGAGAGGACCCAGAACAGGAGUACCGUACUAUGUGUCCAUGGUGGCCUUUCUCCUGACAUUAGAACUAUUGACCAGAUUAGGGUCAUUGAGCGAAAUUGUGAAAUUCCCCAUGAAGGGCCCUUCUGCGAUCUCAUGUGGAGUGACCCUGAAGAUAUUGAAACAUGGGCAGUCAGUCCUCGAGGAGCAGGCUGGCUUUUUGGAUCAAGGGUCACUUCNACCCUGCUGGUCUCAAAUAGCUUUUGUAUCAAAGAUGCUUUAA